AUGGAGCAGAAGGGAAAGAUGGUUCCGUCUUCUUCAGUUCCGCCGGAGAUUUUGUGGUCUUCACUUCCUUUGAUACUAAAGCAAUUUCCUGUGAAAACCUUGCUGAAAUUGAGGUGUGUUUCCAAGGUCUGGUGCUCCAUCAUUGACGAUCCAGAUUUCAUUCGAUUGCACCAUAAGCACUCCCAUACUCGGCCUGACGGGGUCAGCAUCGUCCUUAUGAAUAAAGAUGGUGGUGAUUAUCAACUUUACUCUGUAGAUCCAGAAGGAGGUCCACUCGUUGACCUUCUAGAAGUGCCUUCUCUGUUCGUCUCAAAAUAUUAUUCAAGCGUUUAUGAACCAAACUAUGCAGACACCAUACAAUUACAAUCCGUUAACGGCUUAGUUUGUAUUCAAAACCGCAUAUGGAAUCCAAGUACAAGACAACGAAUAGAGAUCCCACCAAGGAAGGAGAGUACAACUACUUUUCUGGAUGUCCCAACAUACUUGUUAGGGUUCGAUCCUUUUUCCGACAAGUACAAAAUUCUUAAUAAACAAGUGGUUGUUAGUAUAGAUGGUGGGGGUGUGGAAAAACGAGUCGAGUACCAGAUUUUGACCAUCGGUACAAACGAGUGGAGAGAGAUUGAUUCGGUCCCGAAUGAAUUUGUUCCGUACCAUCGUAAUCAUAGAUCUUGUUGCAUUGAGGGUGUUAUAUAUUCUUUUGCUUGUAUUUCAGAUGAGGACAUGAUACUUGCUUUUGAACUGACGCGCGAGGAGUUCCGAAUCAUUCCACUUCCACCAGAAGUUGAUCAUGUUGAUUGUUGUGACUUUUAUUUAAUAGAAGUGAGAGAACGUUUGGGUCUGAUAAAUGGUGCGAUGACCACAAUCUCUAUAUUAGAAGAUUCCGAGAAGAUUGUUUGGAUGACGCAGAAUUCCAUCUUUCCAGAUUUUAUUUUAAAAUAUUAUGAGGGGAGUAAAUUUACACCAAUUGGUGCCAUUCAUACAGAGAUUUUACUGUGUGUUGAUGAUUGGAAUACACAAGUAAAAAGAUUCUUUUAUUAUGAUCUGGAAAGUAAAAGAUUGAGGAGGGUUGAUGCCGUUCCAAACUUACUUGACAUAUUUCAAUAUGGUAUCUACUACACCAAACAUGUGGAGAGCUUAUUUCGAUUGAAAAGGUUUUAUUUCGUUCUUAUUGACCAAAGUUAA